AUGGGUCCCGGGGUGGAGACCUCCGCUUUGGGGACGCUCGACGAUACGAUGCACAUCUUCUAUCAGGUCGGGACAUAUUUCAAUAUAUUUCCGCACCGGUUACAAUGGCUGCUGCGGGGUCCUCUCAGCCAUAUUCAGCCUCUCGAGGGCUUUUCCAAGAGACCUCAGGGUCUGGAGAUCAAAGAGGUCGUGACGAGGUACAAAGAGGGAGGUGCAUUCGUGAAGUAUGCGCUUAAGUCGGACAUCAGCAACGAAAUUAUCCAAAAUGCAAUCAAGGAGCAUUUGAAAACCAACCCCAUUAAGCCCUGGUUUAACCCGACCCUGAAAGUCGAUGCAGACCUUGUUCGCGGAACGCCGUGGAUCGAAGACCUCUAUCGAAUCCCAAGCCAGACCCUAAAGGUGGAAUUCUUGCCAACGUCCCCAGAUAACUCAGCGGCGGAAUUAACUCAAGAGUCCCUAUACUCACUGUUCCGGCCUUACGGCAAGCUUCUGGACAUCCAAACACAGCCCUCAGAUUCGAAGGUCGAACCACGCUAUGCAAUUCUGCGAUUUGAGCGCCCUCGGUUCGCCGUGAUGGCAAGAAACUGCAUGCAUGGAUUUAUUGUUUCUGAAGAAGCAGGUGGUGGCCAUUCCGGUACAAGGUUCAAGAUCAACUACGAGCGCAAGAUCAAGCUGUUUAUGAUCAAGGACUGGAUUUUGAACCAUCCGAGACUGGUGAUUCCCGCUAUAGCUGCUCUGAUAGCCACUAUUACGGUCAUCAUCUUCGAUCCAAUUCGCACGUUCUUCGUCACCCUCAAAAUCAAGUCAUCGUUCCAAAGUGAAGAGAACCCUGUGCUGCAGUGGGUUCGCAAACAAGCCAGCAAAGCGAGCAUGUUCCCAUUUGGGAAGCGAAAGUCGGACCCGCGAGGUCUAGCGGCUAUCUGGGAAGACCGAAAAACAGAGAUUGCGCAACUGCGAGCCUGGUUAACGGAGACUGCGGAAACCUUCAUUGUUAUCCACGGUCCCCAGGGCUCAGGGAAACGCGAGUUGGUUCUAGAGCAAGCUCUGAAAGAGCACAAGUAUAAAGUCAUCAUUGAUUGUAAGCAAAUUCAAGAUGCUCGGGGUGAUACAGCCAAGAUUUCACGAGCCGCCGCUCAGGUCGGCUACCGACCGAUCUUCUCUUGGAUGAACAGCAUCAGCAGCUUCAUUGACCUUGCUGCACAGGGAAUGAUUGGCACUAAAGCUGGCUUCUCCGAGACGCUAGAUGCACAGUUGAGCAAGAUCUGGCAGAAUACUGGUGUCGCCAUGAAGCGAGUCGCCUUGGAAGGUAGACGAAAGGAGGACAAAGAUUUCAACAUGUCCGAAGAUGAAUACCUGGAGGCUCAUCCCGAGACGAGACCUGUCGUAGUAAUUGAAAAUUAUCUCUAUGACGCGGAAGACAGUGUCGUGCUCGACAAACUUACUGAAUGGGCGGCUGGUUUGACAUCGGCAAACAUCGCCCAUGUCAUCUUUUUGACGACUGAUGCCUCUUUUGCAAAGCCAUUGAGCAAAGCCAUGCCUAAUCAAGUGUUCCGCACAAUUGCCUUGGGUGACUGCUCGCUCGAAGUUGGUCGUCGUUUCGUAUUGAGUCAUCUAGAUGCAGAGGCAGGCGAUGACGAUGAACAGAAUGCAAGGCGCAAAGAGACGCUUCGUGGUUUGGAUUAUUGUAUCAAGAUGCUGGGUGGUCGAGUCACUGACUUGGAGUUCAUGGCUCAUCGGAUUGAGGCUGGAGAGACCCCUGAAGCUGCCGUGGACCGUAUCAUUGAACAAUCGGCGUCUGAAAUUCUGAAGAUCUUCAUCCUCGGGACAGAGUCGACUGCACCUCAAUGGACCCGUGAGCAGGCGUGGUACCUCAUCAAGUCUAUCGCCAAUUCCAAGGAUGGAAGCCUGUUAUACAGCAAAGUCCUCCUCGGCGAUGUAUUCAAGGACAACGGCGAGGCCACUCUCCGGGCACUAGAGCAAGCAGAGCUCAUCUCCAUCGGAACUGACAAAGGAUUCCCACGAUACGUCAAGCCGGGUAAACCCGUGUAUCGCGCUGCUUUCCAACGUUUAGUUGCGAACAAGACCCUUCAGGGCCGCCUUGAUCUGCUAAUUCUCUCACAGCUCAUUGGCAACGAGAAUUCAAGUAUCAAGAAGUAUGAGGAGGAGCUGCAGGUCCUUGGCUCGCUGCCAAAACACCCUUGGGAGCUAGCUUCACGGAUUGAGUGGCUUCUGCGCAAAGUCCACGGAUCGCAAUCGAAGAUCCUCAAGUACGAGAGUGAAAGUGCUGCCUUGUCAAAGUAUCUACAGAAAGAGAAUUGA